GCUGCAGAGAGGGAGAGAGUCCUCAGUGCACAACAUAUUUAUGAUUUGUGUUUUCAAAACGAUGUCUUUGUUAAAUAUUAUGUCUUCAUUGAUGGAGAUACUGAGCAUUGAAGGAUAUUUCUGCUGAUGUAUCUUUAUAUACUCAGAGAACAUGAUUGGCUCACCAGAUGUGGUGGCUUUUACCAAAGAAGAUGACUUUGGGGAGUCAUUCUCGGAUCCAUUGUCACUUCCAGAGGAGUUUUCUGUGCCUUUGUUUACUCAUACUGCCAAUGCAAAUCCAUGGACGAAGACAUCCUAUGCGAAAUUCUCAAAAGAUUUCAUACUCAUCUCUGAAUUUUCAGAACAGGUUGGUCCACAGCCUUUACUCACCAUUCCCAAUGACCCCAAAGUGUGCGGGACAUUUGACCUUAACUACUUCUCACUACGCAUCAUGUCUGUGGACUACCAGGCAUCUUUUGCCGGACAUCCUCCAGGCAGUAACUACCCAAAGCUAAAUUUUGUGGAGGACUCAAAAGUUGUCCUAGGUGAUUCCAAGGAAGGGGCUUUUGCCUACGUCCAUCAUCUGACACUGUAUGACUUGGAGGCUCGUGGAUUCGUACGGCCCUUUUGCAUGGCCUACAUUUCCGCAGACGAAAGGAAGAUAAUGCAGCAGUUCCAAGAGCUGUCAUCUGAGUUUUCCAAGGCUUCAGAAAUAGUCAAAUCAGGAAACAGGAAAGCUUUUGCAAAUGAACUGGAAAAGAAACUGAAAGACUUGGAGUACACCAGAUCGGUGCUGCACAAAGAGGCAGAGCUGCAGAAAAUGAACAAUGGCUGUUAUUCCACACAAGCUAUUGAGAAGGCGAAUGAAUUAGCAAAUAUGGAGAAGUCUAUCUAUGAACACAAAGAUCUACUGAGGCAAAUCACAUCUUAUCCUUCCAGGAAAAAGAGAGAUAUGGAUUUUGUAGAAUGCGAGACAGAAAAACAGGCUGACACAAGUGUAUCAGAUGAUACACUAAAUAGUAAUCAUUCUGAAGUUGCAGAGAAGACUGUAGAAUCUGAAAGCGAUGGUAGAAAGUCAUCCUACACACCUCAGCUCAUCAAGGCCAAAUCUGCGAAGUGCUUUGAUAAACGCUUGAAAACGUUGGAAGAGCUCUGCGAUUCCAACUUUUAUCACCAAACUUUAGAGCAACUAAAUGUAAUCGAGAAGUCGUUCCGAGGAGAUCUGUGCUCUAUUUACACCAGCCAGAUCGACAGGGCUCUUCUGAGCAAACAGAGAGUUACUAGUUUUCUCUUCGAAGCUGAAUGUGACUGGGAGGACGAAGGAACCUCAAAGAACUUCAAUUUCACUUCCAACAUCCCAACAGUCCCCAUUCUGCACUUAUCUGGUGAGCCGCUGAGUCUCGAAUCCUACACCACCUGCAUAGAUGUAGAUCACAUUAAGCCAGGUGUGGAGUCUAUGGAAGGGCCUCCUGAAUCCAGUACAUCUGACAUCACACAGGAAACCUCUGAAGCCGCCGACACUGAGACCAAAGGGAGUUUCAGUAGCGACAAGAGCAUUGAGGCUCUUGGAGGUGUUAGUCCUUCCAGUCUACAGGCAAAUUACUUUGAUGGCCUUGAAAGAAAUUGCAAGGUAUCCAUUGCAUCCUCAUUUGAAAAUGCGUCCCAUUCUGUUGCUGUCCCGCGUAGGUCAUCCGACGGGAAUCUAGUCCCGAUGGAUGCAUCCUGCUGUAUUGGACAGGACAGUUUUGUUUUUGAGGAACCUUUACCUGAGCUCGCUCAGGAGUGUUGUGGCGACACUGUGGUGAACCAAGAACCCCUGUCUCUUUUUCAGGGAGAUACUGCCUUACAGGUAAACUACAUUCUGGAAGAGUCAGCCCUCGCAGAGAGCCCCAACAUGGGACUGACUUUUUCCGAACUAAACACUUGCGUUCUCUCAGAGGAUGUGGCAAAAAUUUAUAUCGAAGAUGCAUCUGAUAGUACGAGCUACAUGAGCGCCUCCACCAGUUCUGAUCGAGCAGUGUCUCCAUUCACUUACGGCAGUGCGUUGACACUAAAGCAGAAGAAGAAAGCUGGUCACAGCGCGCUUCGAUUCAUCAGGCAAUAUCCAUUUGCUCAGCAAGCCAUUUUCUGCCUUCUGAGUGGCCGAACGCUUGUUAUUUUGGGGGUGGACGAGGGCAUGGUGAGGAAGCUGGUCAAUGCUUUGUUUGUUUUCGUGCCCAAUCUCGGCAAGUAUGGUGAAACCGUCCAACCGUGGCUUUCGACGCCAUUUCAGCUUACCGACUUGCAGAGGUGGAAACUUAUUGGAUUGCAGAGAGCUGCCUCCCCGGCUGGAUCCAGCAUCCUCCACUCUUUGAAUCGAUACAGCCGUUACAUAAGCAUUUUGGAUUGUGACAACAAGACCCUCCGGUGUCCACCAUAUAGAGGAACACUAAUUAGCCAUUUGGCGGACCACAGGACUCAGAUCAAGCGUGGCAGCACCUACUUCCUCCAUGUUCAGGGUAUGUUGACUCAGCUUACAGCCAAGGCCUUCCUUUACACAUUCUGCCAUCACAUUCAUCUUCCCAUGGACAUCAACGACCAGGGCUCGGUAAAGUCACGCAGGACUAAUUUCUUGUUGCAGCUCGGCUACACUGUUGAGGAGAGUAAAAUCGUACAGUACCUGAGUGAGCUCAUCAAGCAACAUUAUGUUCAGGGGUCCUCGAAGUGGGUCAAGCAGUCUUUUUGUUUUGAUUACACCACCAGCUAUUUGUACAAAAUCUGAAUGUGUCUAUUAUCUGUUCACCAUUAAACCCAGUUAAGAUCAGGAGACCAAAUGUAUUAUUUGAAUGUAAUCACUUUUGUGUGUGUGUGUGUGUGUGUGUGUGAAUAUUCUCGUGGCAUUCCAGGAAGCAAUCCAGUGUUACAGAAUGUGGUCUAUUUGUUUAGUGUAAAGGUUGCAUAUUUAAAUCUAUUGCCAAACCGUUUUCCGUAAAAUGGAGAAAAUAGGUUCCUCAUGUGGUCUGAAGACCUUUACAGAAGCUUUGUAAUAAAAUCAAGAUUCAGCAAGAUUACAACGUCGUCCAAGCAAAAGUAGACAUGUUUUGAAAGAGGCCGAAUGAAACAGCUCAUUUAAAUGUGUAGUUAAAGGCUUGUUUUCAUUAACAGCUAUAGCUACACAGGAACAACAGCAGGAGAGUCUCUAAUCACAAUUUAAUCAAUCUGGUCCUGGAAGCCUGUUUAAUCAUUAAUGCUAUUUGCCUUCAUACGUAAUGAGACUGUUGCAAGCAUGAAAAUCACAAGCAUAAUUUUAAUGGAACUAACUUAAGUGGCAUCAGAAGAGUAUUUUACAAUACAUGUUCUUCUCAGUAUGCUGCUGCUGUUUACCAUUGGCCAACAGCCUCUAUAAAAUCCACUAGCAUAGCAUUAUAUGCAUUUAAAUUAGAAGAAAAAUUUGAUGUCAAUUCAUGGAUUGGUCCUUUUAUUAGCUUUUUGAUUCUUGCAUUCUGAGCGUGAGAAAUGUAAUGUGCUAAUUGAUUAUUAAUAUAAGAAAGACGUGCAAAUUUGCUCCCUUUUGUACUGCCCUCUCUAGUGGACAUAAAAUCUGAGGGGAUUUUUUUUUUUAUACAAAGAUGAACAAAGGUUACAGACAUUGUUAAACAAACAAAAAUUGAGCCAACUGCCCUUUGUGUUUUAACAUAAUUGUGUGAUAAGGUGAAUGAAUGUACUGCAUGUAAAAUGUCACAUUGUGGAGAACUGUUACACAAUCUUCUGCAUGUUUAAAGAACACAAAAAUGUAACAUGGCAAAAUAUGGGGGCAUUUAUGAACACUUCCAUUGUAUCUCACGUGUUACUCUUCAGCCUUUCUAGAUAUAUUUAAAAUGGAUAUAAAUUGUUGUCUAAGUUGUGUGCAAGCAACGUCAGCAUGAGUAACUGUGAGGAUGAAGUGGCUCUUCAUUCUAAUGUCUGUUGUAGUGUUGUGAAAUGAACGAUAAUGGUGGUUGUCGCCAAUACGUUGUCUGUAACUGUUAUUUCCACUACUGCAUGAAUGCAGUUGUAGUCCAGAAAUACAGACCUUAACUGCCACCGCUGUUUCAUCACAAGUGUGUCUUAAUAUUAAGUUAUUUUGGCUACCCAGUAAUUAUUGGCCUUUGUAACGAUUUUCAGCAUUUAAUUGCAGUCUUUUGAAUGUAAAUUGAGAAUAAGCCAUACCAUUAUACGCACAUUAUCUUCUAAGAAGGUUAUUUCUUUUGCUGAUUUUGAACAAAUCUUGUUUGCUGUAACGGUCUAAAUCAUGCAGUUUUGUUGCUACUUUUUACAAAUCUAUUUUAAGACAGUAUUGUGAGCUUGUCUGGGGUAAGGUGUAAUCUUCAUGCUAAAAUAUUUAUGGAUGUCAAGUAAAUUGAGGGUCAUCUGUGUGCUUUAAGUUGCUGCCCACUGUGAAUUACUCUGCCUUCAAUGUCAUUAAAUUAUUUCUGAUUUAGCCAUGUGCAUCACAUCUUUAUCAAAUGGUAUUAUACCUAUCUUGUAACAGUUUGUGUAUUUAGCAAAACUAUUCUUUCCUUUAUGAUGUAAUUAAAGGCACAUGAUUUGUCUCA